UCAGGCAGACAAGCUCAUUUUUAAAUAUCAAGUGAAGUGAACAGAGCUUUCAGACGAACCAAUUAAGCUUUCGAAGUGUUAGAAAAUACUCUUAGAAGGUGUGUGGAAGCUGCAGUUGCUGAUAAGUAUAGGCCUAAUAUUCAGCCAGCUGCUGGAGUACUAUUAUUGAGGACUGGACAAGAGUCUAAAACAAAGCUGCCAGUUUAGGUGGAGUAUUGAGAUAGUUUAAGUAGUUUUCCCUAGUAGAGGAGGUUGAAGCAUCAGAAUGUGUUCAGGCAGCUUUUCCAAGUGUCUGGGAAUCAGUCUGAUGCCUCUGGCGAUUGUGUGUGUGCUGUGCAACAUCCUGCUCUUCUUCCCUGGGGGGAAACCUGUGGAGAAAGAACACAUCACAGAGCAAGUCUGGUACUUUGGAGGCAUUUUGGGAUCUGGAGUGCUGAUGAUCUUCCCAGCUCUGGUCUUUCUGGGUUCUGCAAAGACAAUGACUUGCUGUGGGUGCUGUGGCAAUGAAAGCUGGCGGGCGGAGUUUGCAAUGCUGAGCUCCAUACUGUUUGCAGCUGUCGGUGUUGCAGGGGCUGGUUACUCAGUUAUAGUUUCUGCUGUGGCUAUUAACGAAGGACCUCAAUGUGUGGUUAAAUAUAACGAAACAGUACCGAUUUGGGAUACACCCUUCUCAAAUGGUGACUACCUGUCAAACAACACUAUCUGGUUGAAGUGUGUGGAGCCGCCUGGCGUGGUGCCCUGGCAUCUCUCCCUGUUCUCCGUGCUGCUGGUCAUGGGUUUGAUACAGAUGGCGCUGUGUGCUGUGCAAGUGGUGAACGGCCUGCUGGCAUGUCUGUGUGGGGACUGCUGUGGAGGGAGCGAUGCCGUCUGAGCCCUGACUACAGCUGUGGCAGUCUGCAGUCGGCUGCUUCUUUUUUUAUUAUUAUUUUGAGAGGAUGGCAGUUGUUUCUUGCUUUGUGCCAUGAGCUCAUUGAUUACAUUGUGUGUGCACAUUAUAUAUGACACCACUGGUGAAAUGACAUAGCUCUUAUUCUAAGGAUUAUGUAUGAAAAGUGAUUUGACAAUCGGGAGACAUUGCUAUUACUUUAAAUGUUGUUCUUCUUAUCUACAGUAGUUAAACUUACAGGGAGCAACAUGUUAGAACUAAAGAUAGUUCCCACCUUUAGAUAAAUAUGUUUAUGUAGCUUGACUGCCCCCUGCUGGGGGUUAAAAGGUCAUAGAGACAAAUGCAUCCGCACUAUUGAUACAAUUAUUGUGCACUUCUCACUGACACAUUUAUUGCUGUACGAAUCAAAAGUACUGAAGCAAAGUUACUUUAUUUCAAAUGUUUCUAAUAUUUUAAACGUAUUGCACACUUUAGGCAUGGAAGUAACUGUUAUGCGGCUGUUAUUUCACUUCUCCUUUGUACAAACUGUAGGCCUUCUCAUGAGGCACUCACUUAUCUAAUCUGAUAUUAAAUCAUACUGUUUUUCUGUAAGGCUGACUGAUCUGAUUUCAUUCUACAU